AUGCUGUGGCUAAUCUUACUUAUUGGGGUGAAUAUCUUCACAUUCAUUUUAUGGCUGUGUCUUUUACUUCUUGCUCAAAGUAAAAGAAGAAAUAUAGAACAACCAGUCCUCAUCGUUACUGCACAUCCAGAUGAUGAGUCGGAUACGACGUCGACCUGCUUUGCUUCACCACUGGGAAUUAUGGUGGACUUGGCCAUGAAAGAGAGCGUGAAUUGGACGUUGCAACAAAGAAAUUGGGAAUCCGGCGUUUAA